AUGGCCAUGGCAGCAUCGGCAAAGAACCGGAACGCCCGGUUACCACCUGAAGUAAACAGAGUGCUUUUCGUGAGAAACUUGCCGUUUAAUAUUACCUCCGAAGAAAUGUAUGAUAUAUUUGGAAAAUAUGGGGCUAUACGACAGAUUCGACUAGGAAAUGAAAAAGAUACCCGUGGCACAGCUUUUGUCGUAUAUGAAGACAUAUUCGACGCGAAAGCUGCCUGUGAUCAUUUGAACGGUUUCAACGUAAUGGGAAGAUAUCUAAUAGUGCUAUAUUAUCAACCGAACAAGGUCACAAGGAAGAUGAAUUUGCAGAAAAAAGAGGAAGAUCGUUAUGGUGUAGAUGAUGAGGAUUGA